AUGGUUCCACCCCCUGGAUAUCAAACUGAGAACAAGAACAAAGUUUGCAGGUUGUUGAUGUCUCUUUAUGGCCUAAAGCAGGCUAGUAGACAGUGGAAUGCCAAGCUAACAACAGCCUUGCAAGACAAUGGAUUUAAACAAUCAGCAGCUGACCCAUCCUUAUUCACCAAAGUCUCAGACAAGUCUUUCAUGGCUCUCUUAAUCUAUGUUGAUGAUAUUCUAGUUGCAGGUUCUGAUUCCCAGCAGAUACACAGCUUAAAAGAGUUUCUGGACAAGACUUUUAAGAUAAAAGAUCUUGGUCAUAUAAACUACUUCUUGGGGCUUGAAGCUUUCAGAACAGAUAAUGGUCUCAACCUAUGCCAUAGAAAAUACACUUUGGAAAUCUUGAAAGAGAAUGGUUUCCAGGGGCCAAGCCAGUUUAUACUCCCAUCAGUGCAGGACAAAAGCUCAGCAACUUUGAGGGAAAUCUCCUUGAUAAACCAGAAGUUUAUAGAAGACUGGGAUACUCAUCUUAUGGCUGCUCAUAGGGUACUUAGAUACCUAAAAGGAUCCCCAGGGAAGGGAUUAUUCUACCCAGCUGAUUCUGCUACCAAACUACAGGGGUUCUCUGAUUCAGAUUGGGCCACCUGUGCAGACUCUAGAAAGUCUAUAACUGGAUUUUGCAUUUAUCUUGGGCAGUCAUUAAUCUCAUGGAAGACUAAGAAGCAGGCCACUGUGUCAAGAUCAUCAUCUGAAGCUGAGUAUAGAGCUCUAGCAUCCACAGUGUGUGAAAUACAAUGGCUCCUAUACUUGUUAGAUGAUCUAAAAGCUAAGCCAAACAGUCCCACUACCCUUUUCUGUGACAGCCAAUCUGCAAUAGCAAUAGGGGAAAAUCAUGUCUUCCAUGAGAGGACCAAACAUAUUGAGAUAGACUGCCAUGUUGUCAAGCAAAAGGUUCAUGAGAAGGUGAUAAAGCUUAUGUCUAUAUCCACACAAAAACAGGUAGCUGAUGGCUUCACAAAAGGACUACCAAGGCUGCUGUUUGAUGCUUUCCACUCUAAGCUGGGCCUUCAAGAUAUUCAUGCUCCAACUUACGGGGGGGUGAUAAAAUAG